CCUGCCUCAAAUGAUCCUUCUACCUCCUCAACCUCUUGAGUAGCUGGGACUACAGGUGGAAAAUGAGCAUCACUGAUGUGCUUAGUGCAGACGACAUUGCAGCAGCCCUGCAGGAAUGCCAAGACCCAGAUACUUUUGAACCGCAAAAAUUCUUCCAGACGUCAGGCCUCUCCAAGAUGUCGGCCAGUCAGGUGAAGGAUGUUUUCCGGUUCAUAGACAAUGACCAGAGUGGAUACCUGGAUGAAGAAGAGCUUAAGUUUUUCCUCCAGAAGUUUGAGAGUGGUGCUAGAGAACUGACGGAGUCAGAAACCAAGUCCUUGAUGGCUGCUGCAGAUAAUGAUGGAGAUGGAAAAAUUGGGGCUGAGGAAUUCCAGGAAAUGGUGCAUUCUUAAAGGCCCAGUCUUUGGAGAAAAGAGAGGAAGGGAUAAUCAGCUGGAAGGCUUCCAAAGCCCUGGGAAUGGAGAACCCCACGUUUUGCCCCCAUCUUGUUUAUAUUAUCCCCUGACAAGCUCCUGCAAUUUGCUCAUUGUUUAGUGAGGUAAUGAGACAGUCAUUCGUGUUUUUUUGGUGGUGGGUCCGUCCUAAUGACUUCUGUAUGGCCUUCUGCAGACAAUGCCUUU